GGCGGCGGCUCCGUGGCCGGUGCUCCGCUCGGUACCCUGGUCGGCGCUUCACCCGGCUGCCCUCCCGUUCCUCCCGCUCCGCCGGCAGCAUGAGCGUGGUGGAGCACGUGCGCGAGAUGGCGGCCGCCGGGCUGCACUCGAACGUGCGGCUGCUCAGCGGGCUGCUCCUCACCAUGAGCGGCAACAACCCGGAACUGUUUUCACCAUCUCAGAAGUACCAGCUCCUUGUUUAUCAUGCAGACUCUCUGUUCCAUGACAAGGAAUAUAGGAAUGCUGUCAGUAAGUACACCAUGGCCUUGCAGCAGAAAAAAGCCUUAAGUAAAACUUCCAAAGUAAGACCUUCCACUGGGAAUGCUACAUCAACACCCCAAAGCCAGUGUUUGCCGUCAGAAAUUGAAGUGAAAUACAAAAUGGCUGAAUGUUACACAAUGCUGAAGCAAGAUAAAGAUGCCAUUGCCAUUCUUGAUGGGAUUCCUUCCAGACAGAGGACCCCAAAGAUCAAUAUGAUGUUGGCCAAUCUCUACAAGAAGGCAGGUCAGGAGCGCUCCUCUGUGACGAGCUACAAAGAAGUGCUGAGGCAGUGCCCCCUGGCACUGGAUGCCAUCCUGGGCUUGCUCUCACUGUCAGUGAAAGGAGCAGAAGUGGCCUCCAUGACCAUCAACAUCAUCCAGAGCAUUCCCAACUUGGACUGGCUUUCUGUGUGGAUCAAGGCAUACGCCUUUGUGCAUACUGGAGACAACACAAGAGCAAUUAACACCAUUUGCUCUUUGGAGAAGAAGUCCUUGCUGAGGGAUAACGUGGACUUGCUGGGGAGCUUAGCAGACCUGUACUUCAGAGCUGGAGAUAACAAAAACUCCAUCCUAAAAUUUGAACAAGCACAAAUGCUGGAUCUGUCUCUCUGUAGGUGUCACAGUUUCUACAGCAAACGCUACUCCCGUGCCUUGUACCUGGGAGCCAAAGCCAUCCAGCUGAACAGCAACAGCGUCCAGGCCCUGCUCCUGAAAGGAGCGGCCCUGCGGAACAUGGGCCGGGUGCAGGAGGCCAUCAUCCACUUCCGAGAGGCCAUCCGGCUGGCGCCCUGCCGGCUCGACUGCUACGAGGGUCUCAUCGAGUGCUACCUGGCAUCCAACAGCAUCCGGGAAGCCAUGGUGAUGGCAAACAACGUGUACAAAACCCUGGGAGCAAAUGCACAGACGCUCACCCUGCUGGCAACUGUCUGUCUGGAGGACCCUGUCACCCAGGAGAAAGCAAAAACCUUGCUGGACAAAGCACUAACACAAAGACCUGAUUACAUUAAAGCUGUGGUAAAGAAAGCAGAACUUCUUAGUAGAGAGCAGAAGUAUGAAGAUGGGAUUGCUUUGCUGAGGAAUGCACUGGCCAAUCAGAGUGACUGUGUGCUGCACCGGAUCCUGGGGGACUUCCUGGUGGCUGUCAAUGAGUACCAGGAAGCGAUGGACCAGUACAGCAUUGCCCUGAGUUUGGAUCCAAACGAUCAGAAGUCACUGGAAGGACUGCAGAAAAUGGAAAAAGAGGAAAGCCCAACAGAUGCCACCCAGGAAGAAGAUGUGGAUGACAUGGAGGGAAGUGGAGAAGAAGGGGACUUGGAAGGCAGUGACAGUGAAGCAGCUCAGUGGGCAGAUCAAGAACAGUGGUUUGGGAUGCAAUAAAAGUCUCACCUGCUGCUUGUUCUGGCACUGGGGCCAUUCUCCUUACAAGAACAGAAACUAUGAUUUUUUUUGCAGUAACAAAGGACCUUUUUUUGUUUGCUUAUUUUUUUUAAUAGACUCUGAAACCAUUUAAUACUCCUGUACAUCUCCGUACCAUGAAGAUUCCUGAUGCUUCUUAUUUAUUAAGUAUAAGGGACUAACUGCAUCCACAGUUAUAUUUGCAACUUUCCUUUUGAAAAACUCCUGCUAAAACUGAAACCAUCAGAGUCUGAGGUGUGUAAUGAGCCUGUUGGGAUGAAAACAAUGUCUGAAUUCUGUCUAGGGCUAAGUGUGCUUGGAGUUGUAAAUACAGGGGUUUGUACCCCUUGCUGGGAAGGCUCUUACUCUCGUUUGUGUGCUCCUGUUUGGGCUCGUGCUCCUGUUGAAAUCUGGAGUGGUUGCUUGGAUGUGACUGAAAGCAGCACUUUUCUCCUGCUGUGUUUGCUGAAUUAAUUUGUCUUUUUCCAGGGCAUUACCUGUGCUGUCCAGGAGAAGUUUGGGACAAUAGGCAACUUGGACUUACAGGAUGUUUUCUGUAGCUGACUGAUUUCUCUGUGUACAGAGUUAAGCCAAUGGUGGAGAAUUAAAGUCAUUUUCUCAGCCCUUACUAAA